CACUGAUCAGUUGCUGGGCAACAUGGCGCGUAUUUUCAGUUGUUUGUUCAAUUCCUGAUGUGACGUAAACUUUCGCAGUGUAGAAAAACAGACAGCGAUUGAAAAUCUAGUAAAUCUAUUAUGAUAAUUGAUAAAGGUUGCACAUUUGGGUGCCUUACUUUAUGGUGAAUUUGCUUUUUGUGUAGAAUUGUUGGACAAAAUGUUCGUGCAGAAAAAAAAGCUGAUUGAACAUGUGCUGGCAAUGCGUGGCGAAGGGGCCAGCAGUGAUGAAGAAGAGGAAGAAGAGGACCAGGGAGAUAUUUUGCAGCGCCGACGCGAAGAAUGCGAACGCAAGGCCCGCCGUGGGGAGAUGGAUCCCCGACUGGAGUUCACCUUCCAGUUGUUGAUCGACGCCACUCAGUUGCCCAGACAUCAGCUCAUGGAUUACAUAUUCGAAGGGGAUAUGCUCGAUGAAAUCAAUCAGCUAUUUUUGCCGAAUAUGAAAAACAAGCUGCUCUGGUUUUAUCAGGAAGUGGAUGAACCGGAGCCUACACCGACUCCAGACGCAAAUAAGCCGGGACCGUCACGAAGUGGCAUUGCAUCUAGCAGUUCUAAGACGCCGCAAGGUGGCGCCUCUCCGAGUGGUAUGCCUCCGCCAAAGCAAAAGAAGUUAUUCCUGACGGAUGGUUGGACCUGCGCCUUUACAGGUGUUUGUAUUUAUAUCUUUCGAGUGAAUACGUCCAAGCAGCUUCCGGAAGAGGGAUUCCAAAAGGAUUUGUACUGUGGUGUAAUCGAUGCCAAGAACAUUGGCCUGGUCACUUCCAUUGAGCGAAUCGUUGAGUUUGUAUUCAUGCAGGCCCUGGCCUUUCCCAGUUUGGAAGGCGAUGAGGAGGACGUCAGCUGCGGUCUUAUCAAAGGGCAGCUCCUUCCAGGACUGCGAUCAUUCUGCAGUGCGUUGCGCGUCUGCGAGCAGGUGUGCGAUCAUCACAACGUAUUUGCCGAUGGCUGCGAUAUGUUUGAGAAAAUCGAUUUGGUGGAUGAGGUCAAAGACAUGUCCAAGAACCAAGAGUUUUGCACACAGCUCGAGGAACGUGUCAAUAACUGGACAAAGGGGAUAUUGAAAAUCCUUGGCGAAAGCGAACAGCUCCGCAAGGAGAACGAUCACAGUGGUCCACAGGACGAACUGGAGUACUGGAAGAAACGUGGCGCGCAGUUCUCACAGCUUCUUGCCCAUUUGCAAGACAAAGAAGUGCAGUUUACUCUGCAUUGUCUUUUUUUGGCGGGCUCCCGCAUUAUAAGGCAAUGGAAGGAAACCGAUCGUAAAAUAACCUUUUGCUAUAAUGAGGCGCGGGACAAUUCCAAGUUUAUACAAGCCAUGGAAACGUGCUGUCACUCGCUGUACCUGGACGACCCUGUAAGCAUGAAGGAGUCCAUCUUAAGUCUACUGCAAACGGUGCGACUGAUUUACAGUGUAUCCCAGUUCUACAAUACAUCAGAACGAACAUCAGCACUGAUGGUUAAAAUAACAAACCAAAUGAUCGAGACCUGCAAGUCCUACAUCACUUGUCGUUGCAAGGAGACUAUUUGGUCCCAGGAUCGCAGCUUAAUUCGAACAAAACUCAGCAACUGCAUUAAACUGAACCACAUUUACCACGAGACGUACUACACCGUGCGCGAGCAGCCGUUUCUGCCCAAUCAGACACCAUUUGGGUUCUCCGAGAACUUUGUCUUUGGAAAAUUCGAUACAUUCUGCGAGCGCCUUUCGAAAAUUAUAAACAUGUUCAACCUGAUUGAUGACUACAACCAUUUGUUCGAGCGUCGCCUGGAGGGCCUUCUGUUGGGGGAGGCCCUGGAGGAUGCCUCUAAUCAUUUCGAAGAGGCCAAAAAGGAGGUUAUUUCGAAGAAAUAUGACUACCUAGAUCAUCGAAACUCCAACUUCAAUGACGAUUUUGAGAGGUUUAUAAACAAAACCAACUCCCUAAAGGAUACCAUAGCCACGCUGAUUGAAAAGGACUUCGACACGGUCUGGGAGACGCCGCAGUGCAUACGGUUUUUAGUGCGUUUCGAAAAAGUUAGCGAGAAAAUUCCCCUGACCAAGAUGGAUGAGAAAUACACACGGAUAUUGCGUUACGUUGACAAGGAGGUGGAUCGCAUACUGAAAACUUUUCGCAAGCAACGAGACGAUCCCCCGCUGGCGAGAAACUUCCCGCCCAUUGCCGGACGCAUCCAUUGGUGUCGGGCAUUGAGUCUACAUCUAACAGAGCUCAUAGAUGCGGUGAUGGAUCAUGCGGUGCUGAGUACCCUGCCCAUGGCUAAGGACUUGGAUAUGCGAUUCCACAACGUCUUGGGAGUGCUCCAGGAAUACGAGGACGAAAUUGUCUCCAUAUGGCUGGAUCAAGACGUCAGCGUUGCCGAUGCCUGCCUCCUGCAGCCACUACUUUGCCUGCAGGGGGACAAAUUGUUUGUCAAUCUACACCCCACAAUACCAUUGCUGAUCAGAGAGGCCAAAAUGCUGGCCAAGCUAAAGAUCGAGCUGCCGAUUGUGGCCGCCACUCUGAUGAGUCGCCAGCAGUAUUUCAUCACCAUACAGGACUCGUUAAAUUGCCUCAUCAAAAUGUUUCUUUCAACGGUCCGGGCUGUGAAGCUGGAGGUGCGUCCUUUGUUUCUGCCCCAGCUGGUGCGUUUGACGGCGAUGCUGAAGCCAGGACUACAUACCAUAAAUUGGACCAACCAAAACUGGACUGAAUUCUAUGAGCGCUGCAAGCAGGCCAUCGAGAACUUUGAGGUUCUCGUGGCCCGUGUUCAUGACAUCUAUUCCAAUCGCAUACUCCAUGUGCUCAUGUGGAUGCAGGACGUCUCGUUGCAAAUAUUACCAGCAGACGAUGAGAUCUGGACAGUUGAUGAGUUUCUGGAGCGCAGCGAGGAGGCCUGCCGGAAAGCGGCCAUCGAACUGAAUCGAAAAAGUCAAAUGGUCUCCGAGGCCGUGGAAGAGGUUCUAAGUUUGGUGGACAAGGCAACGGCCACAUUCAAGGAGAUAGCAGGCGAUGAUGUGACGACCCUCUUCGAUGCAGUCUCUCCAAAAGGAGAGGCCACUGGAUCAGGUGGACGAAAAGCUGAAGACAGUGCAGGAGCGGCUGCUGCUGGCACCACAAGUGGAGGCGGUGGAGGCGGCGGCGGUGGCGGAGGGCAGCAGCAGGACUGGAGUAUCUUGUGGUCUUGCUUUGAGAAUCCGCUGUCCCUGCUGUCGACCACAGAAAGCCUGCCUAAGGGCAUGCAGGAUAUGGUGUGCAAUGCGGUGGUCGAGAUGCGUCGCUAUUACAGCCGCAAGGUCAUUGACGUACUGAUAAAGGUCAUUCGAGCCGCACUGGAUACACUGAGACGUCGAUUCAUUGCCGAUGAGAAUGAGACGGUUUUCAAAAAGCCGAUAUUUGCGCUGCACGCGCAGCUGCAGAUACCCCAUGUGGUUAUCAAACCGAGUCUGGACGAGCUGCAGGACAUUUUGGUGACGGCUGGCAAGAACAUCACGGGCAUUGCGAAGGGUGUGGCUCAGUGGAGCAGCGGCAAAGAUCCGCCGGUGCGUACCGCCCCACUGAAUAGCUUCGCAAUGUUCUCCAAAAUCUUGUCUUACCAACCGCAGCAAGUUUCGAUGACGGUGACGCAGCCGCGCGUCGGACGCAACCACAACGAGGCCUCUGGCGGCGCCGGCGGAAAGAGUCGACGUCGCAAAAUCUAUUGUCUGGCCUCCGAGGAACGACCACAGAUGCCGCACAUGCUGAAAAGCUUCUACUCGGCCAUCAUGGAUAACAAAGAGGUGGCCAAGGCUGUCAACCAGCUCUCCAGCUGCACGAAGAACGUAAAGCCAGAGAUUCAAACGUACAUCAAGCGCUGGAAGCCCUACCACUUCCUGUGGAAGAACGAUCGCACCACUCGUCAGCUAAUGGAGUUUGGCCUGCAGGAGUUCGAGACCACCCUGCGCUGUCUAUCCGAUCUGGAUGCCAAUCUGCUGAUUGAGCCAGACAUGGAGGUCUUUGGACAGUGCGUGGCAGUGUAUAAUGAAAGGCUUAAGUAUGGUUUGGCCAUUGAAAUCAAAUCCUGCAACCACAAAAUUGGACAGGCUAUGAAGAAGAAGUACAAGAAGGAAAUGGACUAUGUUUAUGCCGUAAUCAAUGAAAUGGAUCGUAAGCUGGACAGGCCUAUACGUGACUUGGAUGAUGUGCGCAUGAUAAUGGAGACUUUGGGUAAGAUUCGUGAGCAGGAGGUGGACAUGGAACUUCGAAUAGAUCCGAUAGAGGAAGCAUUCAAUGUCCUGACGCGCUAUGAGGUGCAAGUGGAGCGUGACCAGUUCGACCUGGUGGACAAUUUGCGGGCCACAUUCCAGAACUUGUUGGCUGGGGCACUGCAGGCACAGGUGAAGCUGCUGGACAUGCAGCCAGCCUUCCAGGAUGACUUGCGCACCAAUUUGGACAACUUCAAGCAGGACAAGAUCUCGUACGUGACGGAGUAUCGGACGGCGGGUCCUAUGCAGGCGGGGCUAACGCCGAGAGAGGCCUCCGACCGGCUUAUACUGUUCCAGAACCGCUUCGAAGGCAUGUGGCGACGCCUGCAGACGUACCAGAGUGGCGAGGAACUCUUCGGUCUGCCGCAAACGGACUAUCCAGAGCUGGGGCAGAUACGCAAGGAACUGAACCUGCUGCAGAAACUGUACAAACUGUAUAACGAUGUGAUUGACAGAGUGAGCAGCUACUACGACAUACCCUGGAAUGAGGUGGACAUUGAGGAGAUCAACAACGAGUUGAUGGAGUUCCAAAACCGCUGCCGGAAGCUGCCGAAGGGACUAAAGGAGUGGCCGGCUUUCCAUGCUCUGAAGAAGACAAUCGAUGACUUUAACGAUAUGUGCCCCCUACUGGAGUUGAUGGCGAAUAAAGCCAUGAAGCCACGCCACUGGCAACGGAUCAUGGACGUUACUCGCUACAUCUUCGAGUUCGACUCGGAGGGUUUCUCGCUCAAGAACAUAUUGGAGGCGCCGCUGCUCAAGCACAAGGAGGACAUCGAGGACAUUUGCAUCAGUGCCAUGAAGGAGAAGGACAUCGAAGCCAAGCUGAAGCAGGUGACCAAUGAGUGGUCCGUGCACGAGCUGCAAUUCAUGAGCUUCAACAAUCGCGGCGAACUCCUGCUGCGCGGCGACACUACGGCCGAAACGAUUGGCCAAUUGGAGGACAGCCUGAUGGUGCUGGGAUCCCUCCUAUCCAACCGAUACAACGCUCCGUUUCGGAAGCAGAUACAGCAGUGGGUCUAUGACCUCUCCAACUCGAAUGAGAUACUGGAGCGGUGGCUCUUGGUGCAGAACAUGUGGGUCUAUCUGGAGGCAGUGUUUGUUGGGGGCGAUAUUGCGAAGCAACUGCCGAAGGAGGCGAAAAGGUUUUCGAAAAUAGACAAAUCCUGGCAAAAAAUCAUGCAGCGAGCCCACGAGACACCCGGCGUUGUGGCUUGCUGCGUCGGUGAUGAUUUGCUUAAACAGUUGCUGCCUCAUCUGCAGGAGCAACUGGAGAUUUGUCAGAAAUCCUUGAGUGGUUAUCUAGAGCGCAAGCGCAUGAUGUUUCCACGUUUCUUCUUUGUGUCAGAUCCUGCACUGCUUGAGAUAUUGGGUCAGGCUUCCGAUUCGCAUACCAUACAAAACCACCUCCUGAAUAUUUUCGACAACACCAAGUCGGUGAAGUUCCACGACGUCGAGUACAACAAAAUGAUGGCCAUCAUAAGCAGCGAGGGCGAGAUGAUCCAGCUGGAUCGCGCCAUCCGAGCGGAGGGCUCUGUCGAGACAUGGCUAACUCAAUUGCUGGUCACAGCACAGCAGUCACUGCACUCGAUCAUUCGCACCGCCUAUGCGACCAUUAACGAUCCAAACUUCACCCUCCUCAGCUUCCUCGAGAAGGCGCCGGCCCAGAUUGGCCUGCUCGGCAUUCAAAUGGUGUGGACGCGAGACGCAGAAAUGGCUCUGAUGCAGGCCAGACAUGAGAGGAAGGUCAUGUCCGAGACAAAUAACAAGUUCCUCGAGAUCCUCAACACACUCAUCGAUCAAACCACUCGCAAUCUGACAAAGCGCGAGCGCACGAACUUCGAGACCCUGAUCACCAUUCAUGUGCAUCAGCGCGAUAUCUUCGAUAUUUUGUGCCGCAUGAACAUCAAAUCAGCAAACGACUUCGAGUGGCUCAAGCAAUGCCGCUUCUACUUCAAAGAGGAUCUGGACAAGACCUGGAUAUCGGUUACCGAUGUCACAUUUACCUACCAGAACGAAUAUCUUGGCUGCACAGAUCGACUGGUUAUCACACCAUUGACAGAUCGUUGCUACAUCACUUUGGCCCAGGCUCUUACCCUGUCCAUGGGGGGAGCGCCAUGCGGGCCGGCUGGCACUGGAAAAACGGAGACCGUCAAGGAUAUGGGCAAAACGUUGGCCAAGUAUGUUGUCGUCUUUAAUUGCUCCGAUCAAAUGGAUUACAGAGGGCUGGGACGCAUAUAUAAGGGUCUGGCCCAGUCUGGAAGCUGGGGCUGCUUCGAUGAGUUCAACCGCAUCGAACUGCCGGUUCUUUCAGUGGCCGCUCAACAAGUGGCCGUCGUGCUGACGGCCAAGAAGGAGAAGAAGAAAACUUUCCUUUUCACAGAUGGAGAUACGAUUGAAAUGAAUCCAGAAUUUGGAAUAUUCAUAACUAUGAAUCCCGGGUACGCGGGUCGCAAAGAGUUGCCCGAGAAUCUGAAAAUACAGUUCCGGACCGUGGCGAUGAUGGUGCCGGACAGACAGAUAAUCAUCCGCGUGAAGCUGGCCAGCUGCGGUUUCCUGGAGAACAUAACGCUGGCCCGGAAGUUCUACACACUGUACAAGCUGUGCGAGGAGCAGCUGACGAAGCAGGUCCACUACGACUUCGGUCUGAGGAACAUACUCUCCGUGCUGCGUACGCUCGGGGCAGCCAAGCGGAGGAACUCAAAGGACACUGAGAGCACCAUUGUGAUGCGCGUCCUCCGCGACAUGAAUCUCUCCAAGCUGAUUGAUGAUGAUGAGCCGCUGUUCCUCUCGUUGGUGUCCGACUUGUUUCCCAAUCAGACUCUCGAGAAUACCAACUAUCCGGAGUUGGAGGCUGCCAUUCUCCAGCAAACAGACGAGGCCAGUCUGAUCUAUCAUCCGCCCUGGGUCCUGAAGCUUAUACAGUUGUACGAGACGCAGAACGUACGCCAUGGCAUCAUGACCCUGGGCCCGAGUGGAGCGGGCAAAACCACCUGCAUCCACACCCUAAUGAAGGCCAUGACCCAAAUGGGGGAAAAUCACCGCGAGAUGCGGAUGAACCCCAAGGCGAUCACAGCAGCCCAAAUGUUUGGACGCCUCGAUGUGGCCACCAAUGACUGGACCGACGGCAUCUUCUCGGCCCUGUGGCGCAAGACCCUCAAGCUGAAGGCAGGCGAAAAUGUGUGGCUGGUUCUCGAUGGUCCAGUGGACAGUAUUUGGAUAGAGAACCUCAACUCCGUGCUGGAUGACAACAAAACCCUGACUCUGGCCAAUGGCGAUCGCCUUACGAUGGCGCCAACCGUUAAGAUUAUCUUCGAGCCGCACAACAUCGACAAUGCCUCACCCGCAACUGUUUCACGCAACGGCAUGGUUUACAUGAGCUCUUCUGGCCUGGAUGCACGACCGAUUGUUCAGGCCUGGCUAAAGAAUCGAGCGCCUGGCGAAAAGUCCACGUUUUCGGAUCUGUUCGAUGAGACAUUUGUCGAGGUACACAACUGGGGGGCACAAAUGGUGAAGCUUCAGAUGCCAGUCCUGCAGUGCAACAUAGUGCAGCAGAUGCUGUUCAUUCUGGAGGGCUUGAUACCCGUCAAGAAGGAGGACGAACAGGCUGUGAGCCUCUCGAGCAAGGAGAGCCAUGAUGCGAAUAAGCGAAUAGAGCAACAAAAACAAAUCGAAGAGGCGCGACGGCAAUCGAUUGGCAGUCAGAUUGUCGAGGAUCUGCCCAUUGAGAGCGUUGUCGAGGAGAAAGAGGACACCUGUACACCGGAACACUUGCACCGCUUGUAUAUAUUCGCUCUGGCCUGGGGCCUGGGGGGUUACCUCUCAACAACCGAUCGCGUUCGAAUGAAUAUCUUUGUGAAGGAAUCCUUUCCGCACCUCGACUAUCCGAAGGGUAGUGCUAGCGAGAACACCAUAUUCGACCAUUUCGUUUCUCCAACGGGCGUGUGGCAGUCGUGGAAGACGCUCGUCACACCCUACAUGUAUCCGGAGCUUUCCACACCAGACUACUUGAGUAUUUUGGUGCCCAUUGUGGAUAAUGUGCGUAUCGACUAUCUAAUCGGAACCAUUGCCAAUCAGGAGCGCGCCGUGAUGGUCAUCGGCGAACAGGGUACCGGGAAGACAGUGAUCAUGAAGAACUUCAUGAAGAAGAUGAACAUUGAGACGUACAUGGGGCGAUCCUUCAACUUCUCGUCGGCCACCAGCCCCUACCAGUUCCAGCGCACCAUCGAGAGCUAUGUGGAGAAGCGUGUGGGCGUCACCUUUGGGCCCCCUGGUGGCCGCAAGCUGAUCGUCUUCAUAGACGACAUCAAUCUGCCCGAGAUCAAUGAGUGGGGCGAUCAGGUGACCAAUGAAAUUGUGCGCCAGUCCAUGGACAUGAAGGGCUUCUACAGCCUGGAGAAGCCCGGCGACUUUACCACCAUUGUGGAUGUACAGUAUGUGGCGGCCAUGGGGCUGCCCGGCGGCGGUCGCAACGACAUACCGUCGCGUCUCAAGCGUCAGUUCUGCGUCUUCAACUGCAACAUACCCGACAACGACUCCAUUGAUAAGAUCUUCCGCGUUAUCGGUGAGGGCCACUACAAUGCCAAGCGCGGCUUUGUGCCCGAGAUUCGCAAUUUAGUGAAGAAACUGAUCGUGGUCACGCGGCACCUGUGGCAGCGCACACGCGAGAAGCUGCUGCCCACGCCAGCGAAGUUCCACUACGUGUUCAGUCUGCGCGACCUGUCGCGCAUCUGGCAGGGCAUGGUUGGCACCUUAUCCACAGUGAUCACCUCCGAGAGCGUGCUCAUGGCGUUGUGGAAGCAUGAGUGCACGCGAGUAUUUGCCGACCGAUUCACCACGUUCCAGGAUAGGGAGUGGUUCGGCUCAGAGCUGGCAUGUCUCGUGCGAGAGGAGUUGGGCGAUGCCCAUUCCCAAAUGAUCAUACCCAAUCCGGUAUUCGUCGAUUUUAUGCGCGACGCCCCCGAGCCGACCGGCGAGGAGGGCGAGGACACCGACAUGGAGCUGCCGAAAGUGUACGAGCCGGUACACUCUCAUGAAGUGCUACGCGAGCGUCUCGUUAUGUUCCUCGCCCAGUUCAAUGAAAUGGUGCGAGGAUCUGGAAUGGAUUUGGUGUUCUUCCCGGAUGCAAUGCUGCAUCUGGUGAAGAUCUCCCGCAUCAUUCGGCAUCCGAGAGGAUCGGUCAUGCUUGUCGGGGUCGGCGGUUCUGGAAAGCAGUCGCUUACGAAAUUGGCAUCGUUUAUAGCUGGCUACAAGACCUUCCAAAUUGCGUUGACGCGUUCGUACAAUGUGGCCAAUUUUCUAGAGGAUCUAAAGCUGCUCUACCGCACCUGCGGCGUGCAGGGGAAGGGCACAACCUUUCUCUUCACUGACAUGGAUAUCAAAGAGGAAGGUUUCCUCGAGUAUCUCAAUAACAUACUCUCGAGCGGUGUCAUAUCGAAUCUAUUCUCGCGCGAUGAGCAGGCCGAAAUCGUGCAAGAGCUGACGCCGGUCAUGAAACGCGAAAAUCAACGCAAAACAGCGACCCCGGAAAGUGUGAUGGACUUUUUUCUGGCGCGCACCUGCACCAAUCUGCACGUGGCCUUCUGUUUCUCGCCCGUGGGUGAGACUUUUCGGUCGCGGGUGCAGCGCUUUCCCGCCUUGGUCUCCGGCUGCACCAUUGACUGGCUGCAUCCGUGGCCCAAGGACGCCCUGGUUUCGGUUGCCAGACACUUUCUGAGCCACUUCGAAAUUGAGUGUACGUCGGCCGUCAAGGAAGAGCUGGUUAAUGCGCUCGGCUCCAUACAGGACAUUGUCGCCGAAACGUCACAGGAGUACUUCCAGCGUUUCCGUCGCGCCACGCACGUGACACCCAAAUCUUAUCUGAACUUCAUUGCCGGCUACAAGAAUAUCUAUCAGAUGAAGCAGCAAGAGCUGCGCGAUGGUGUGGAGAAGAUGGAUACGGGCUUGGAGAAACUGAAAGAGGCCUCCGCCUCGGUUGAGAUCCUCAAGAAAGACCUCGUGGUCAUGGAGGAGGAGCUGGUCGAAGCCUCCAAGAACGCUGAAUCGGUGCUGGUGGAGGUGACGGAGCGUGCGAUGCAAGCGGAGAUUGUCAAGAAUCAGGUCCUCAUCGUCAAGGACAAGGCAGAGGCCCUCGUUGCCUGCAUUGCCCACGAGAAGGCCCUGGCCGAGGAGAAGCUCGAGGCGGCCAAGCCGGCCCUCGAGGAGGCCGAGAACGCCCUCAACACGAUCAAGCCGGCGCACAUAGCCACCGUGCGUAAGCUGGGACGACCCCCGCAUCUCAUUAUGCGGAUAAUGGACUGCGUCUUAAUCCUGUUCAAGCGUAAGCUGCACCCGUGCAUACCCGACUCGGGUACACCGUGCCCCAAGCCCUCGUGGCAAGAGUCCCUCAAGAUGAUGGCCAGUGCCACAUUUUUGCUGCAACUGCAAAACUACCCGAAGGACACCAUCAACGACGAGAUGAUCGACCUGCUGCAGCCGUACUUUCGCAUGGAGGACUACAACAUGGACAUGGCUCGACGUGUGUGCGGUGAUGUCGCCGGUCUGCUCUCCUGGACCAAGGCCAUGUCCUUCUUCCACAGCGUGAACAAAGAGGUACUGCCCCUGAAAGCAAAUCUAACCAUGCAAGAGGCGCGCCUAAAGCUUGCAAUGGACGAUUUGGCCGGUGCGGAGGAACAGCUUCGAGAGCGUGAGGAUGCCCUGCAGGCGGUGAAGGAUCAGUACGACAAGGCCGUGGGGGAGAAGCAACGACUGAUGGACGCGGCCAAUGUCUGCCUGCGGAAAAUGACCGCAGCCACGGCCCUGAUCAAUGGGCUGUCCGACGAGAAGCAUCGCUGGACCAACCAGAGCAAGGAGUUCAAGAUUCAGCUGGGAAAACUGGUGGGCGACGUGCUCCUGGCCACCGGCUUUCUCUCCUACUGCGGGCCCUACAACCAGGAGUUUCGGGCCAACCUCAUCAAGACCUGGAUGGGCAUACUGAAGCAGAAGAAUAUUCCCUUCACCAUUGGACUGAACAUCAUAAACAUGCUGGUCGAUUCUUCGACGGUGUCGGAAUGGACGCUCCAGGGGCUGCCGAACGACGAGCUGUCCGUGCAGAAUGCCCUGAUAGCCACCAAGUCCAGCAGCUAUCCGUUGCUGGUCGAUCCGCAGACGCAGGGGAAGAUCUGGAUCAAGUGCAAGGAGGAUCGCAAUGAGCUGCAGAUCACCUCCCUGAAUCACAAGUACUUUCGCACCCACCUCGAGGACUCGCUCUCGCUGGGCAGGCCGCUGCUGAUCGAGGACGUGGGCAUUGAUCUGGACCCGGUUAUAGACAAUGUCCUGGAGAAGAACUUCAUCAAGUCGGGCAGCAUUGAGAAGGUGCUUGUCGGCGACAAGGAGUGCGACGUAAUGCCCGGGUUCAUGCUCUACAUUACCACAAAGCUACCGAAUCCCGCCUUCAGUCCUGAGGUCAGUGCCAAGACGUCGAUCAUUGAUUUCACGGUCACGAUGCGUGGUCUGGAGGAUCAACUCCUGGGUCGGGUCAUCCUAAUGGAAAAGUCGGAUCUGGAAGCGGAGCGAGUGGCGCUCUUCGAGACCGUCAUGCAGAACCAGCGCAACAUGAAGGAGCUGGAGGCGAACCUCCUGCUGCGCCUGAGCUCCUCCCAAGGAUCUCUGGUGGACGACGAGGCCUUAAUCGAAGUACUGCGGGUGACCAAGACCACAGCCGAAGAAGUCAAUCAAAAACUAAAGAUUUCCGAGGUGACGGAGCGCAAAAUAAUGAAGGCACGCGAGGAGUUUCGGGCGGUGGCGAAGCGAGGAUCAAUCCUCUACUUUCUGAUCGUCGAAAUGAGCAACGUGAACGCCAUGUACCAGAAUUCCCUCAAGCAAUUCCUCGUCAUCUUCAACCACUCCAUAACCAAGUCGGCAAAGUCCAGUGUCACGGAGGAGCGCAUCAACAUUAUCCUGCGAUAUCUCACCUACGAGGUGUACAAGUUCACGAACCGCAGCCUCUAUGAGCGGCACAAGCAACUGUUUACCCUGAUGCUGGCCAUCAAGAUCGACUAUCACAACGAGAACAUCAGUCACGAGGAGUUCUUGACGUUCAUCAAGGGCGGGGCCUCACUGGACCUGAACGCUGUCACACCAAAGCCCUUCCGCUGGAUCCUGGACAUCACCUGGCUCAAUCUGGUGGAGAUCAGCAAGCUGGAGACCUUUUCCACAGUUCUGCAGGUGAUUGAACUGAACGAGCGUGACUGGCGCACGUGGUACGAGUGCGAGAAGCCCGAGUACGAGGAGAUCCCCUGUGGCUACAAUGCCCUUCUGGACAGCUUUCGAAAACUGCUACUCAUUCGCUCCUGGUGCCCCGAUCGGACCAUAUCUCAGGCCAAGAAGUAUAUAGAAGAAUCUUUGGGAGGCGAGUAUAGCGAGAUGCAGAUUCUGGAUUUGGAGGAAAUGUGGCUGGAGUCGGAGCCACGCACGCCCUUUGUGUGUCUUCUCUCCAUAGGAUCCGAUCCCACCACCCAAAUUGGGGCCUUGGCUAAGCAGAAGAGCAUAGGCCUAAAGUCCGUAUCGAUGGGACAGGGACAGGAGUACCAUGCCCGCAAAAUGAUAAUGGAAUCGAUGUCCACCGGCGGCUGGGUUCUGCUCCAAAACGUGCAUCUGUCGCUGCCCUUUUGCACCGAGAUUAUCGACAUGCUGGUGGAGUCGGAGCAUAUCGACGAGUCCUUCCGCAUGUGGGUCACCACUGAGCCGCACACCGAGUUUCCGAUUGGAUUGCUGCAAAUGGCUCUCAAGUUCACAAACGAACCACCCCAGGGGAUACGGGCCAGUCUAAAGCGCAGCUACCAGUCGUUCACCCAGGACUUCCUUGAUUACACCUCAGCCUCGCAGUGGCCCCCGCUGCUGUACACAGUGGCCUUUCUGCACACCAUCGUCCAGGAGCGACGAAAGUUCGGCCCUCUCGGCUGGAAUGUACCCUACGAAUUCAAUCAGGCCGACUUCGCGGCCAGCGUUCAGUUUGUCCAGAACCACCUGGACGAAAUGGAUCCCAAGAAAGGCGUCUCCUGGCAGACCCUGGUCUACAUGAUUGGAGAAGUCCAGUACGGGGGCCGGGUGACCGAUGACUUUGACAAGCGCCUGCUCACGACCUUCACCGCGGUCUGGUUCUGCGAGCAACUGCUGUCGAACUCCUUCGAGUUCUACAAGGGCUACAAGGUGCCGGGCACGAAGAGCCUUCAGGGCUUUAUCGAUUACAUAAACAGCUUGCCGGCGUACGAUACCCCAGAGGUGUUUGGCUUGCAUUCGAACGCCGACAUCACGUAUCAGAUAAAUUCAGCGAAAGGCAUCCUGGACACAAUACUGAGCGUACAGCCGAAGGAGGGUGGCGGCGGCGGGGGCGAAACAAGGGAGAGCAUUGUCUACCAACUGGCAGAUGACAUGCUACGCAAGCUCCCCGCCCAAUACAAUGCCUACGAUGUGCGUGAGAAUCUCAAUCGAAUGGGCAUCUUGUUGCCGAUGAACAUAUUUUUAAGACAAGAAAUCGAUCGAAUGCAGAGGGUUAUUAAGCGCGUACACACCUGCCUCUGCGAUCUGAAGCUGGCCAUUGACGGUACCAUUGUGAUGAGUCCCGCCCUGAAGGAGUCCCUGGAUGCUAUGUACGAUGCCCGCAUACCAGAGACCUGGAUGAAGAUAUCCUGGGAGUCCACGACGCUAGGCUUUUGGUACACAGAGCUUCUCGAGCGCAACGGACAAUUUCGUACAUGGAUAUCAACGGAUCGUCCGAAGGUAUUUUGGAUGACAGGGUUCUUCAAUCCCCAAGGCUUUCUGACUGCUAUGCGGCAGGAAGUAACGCGAGCACACAAGGGCUGGGCCCUGGACUCGGUUGUGCUGCAGAAUCAAAUAACGCGCUAUAACCGAGAAGACAUCACGGAGUAUCCAACGGAAGGAGUCUACGUCCAUGGACUGUUUCUCGAGGGCGCCUCCUUGGAUCGGCGAAGCGGCAAGCUGAUGGAGUCCAAAAUGAAGGUCCUGUACGAGCAGAUGCCCGUCAUUUACAUAUACGCCAUAAACACCACAGCUGGAAAAGAUCCGAAACUGUACGAGUGCCCCAUCUACCGAAAGCCCCAGCGAACGGACCUAAAGUAUGUGGGCUCGAUUGACUUCGAGACUGAAUUCAAUCCCAAGCACUGGACCCUGCGUGGCGUGGCCCUUCUCUGCGACAUCAAGUAGAGAGCCCAAAGCCCAAAGUCAUUCUUGGCCCGUGUCCGUGCCUUUGUUUGCCGUCAUGUCAACUGCUCCACGAGACAGAGGGAGAGUACGUGAGUGGGGCUGCUAAUGGCAAUGUGAUAAUUAUCUUAUUUUUUUGGGCGAGCGUUCAAGUUUCGUGUAAUCUAGCGACUAGCGCAAAUACAACAAUAUUAAUUGGACCCUCGGGUGAGGACCAAAGAGACACCUACCACGAGCACAGUUAUUAGCUUGUAAAACCAUUUGUUAGCCAACAAUAAAGACGCGUUUUCUCAUAGGGAGAGACAGAGAUCAGCACGUGAACUGCACGUGGGACCAUACGUGGAAUAAAUU